CAGGCGCGGCUCCGCCCAACGGCGGAGUAAAUUUGGUGGGCGGUGGAGCAGAGCCGCUGUGUUGGGGUGGUGGGCGCCGAGGUCCGAGUCCUGGGCCCGGGAGGCGUCGCCGCAGCUCCGAAAAGGACAGGGAGUGAAACUAUGUAGCCUUUUAAGAGACUCUCUUUGCCCCAUCUGAAGUCCAUAUGGCUCUGUAUGAUGAAGAUCUCCUGAAAAAUCCUUUCUAUUUGGCUCUUCAAAAGUGGCGUCCUGACUUAUGCAACAAGGUGGCCCAAACCCAUGGCAUUGUCCUGGUGCCCUGCAAAGGAAGCUUGUCGAGCAGCGUUCAGUCCACUUGUCAGUUUGAGUCCUAUAUUUUGAUACCCGUGGAAGAGCACUUUCAGACCUUAAAUGGAAAGGAUGUCUUUAUACAAGGAAACAGGAUUAAAUUAGGAGCUGGUUUUGCCUGUCUUCUCUCAGUGCCCAUUCUCUUUGAAGAAACUUUCUACAAUGAAAAAGAAGAAAGUUUCAGCAUACUGUGCAUAGCCCAUCCUUUGGAAAAGAGAGAGAGUUCAGAAGAGCCUUCAACAUCUUCAGAUCCAUUUACCCUGAAAACCAUCGAAGAUGUGAGGGAGUUUUUGGGAAGACACGCGGAGAGAUUUGACAGGAGCAUUGCGUCUUUCCGGCGAACAUUCAGGGAAUGUGAAAGAAAGAGCCUCCGUCAACACAUAGACUCGGUGAAUGCUCUCUACACCAAAUGUCUCCAGCAGCUUCUGAGGGACUCUCACCUGAAAAUGCUUGCCAAGCAGGAGGCCCAGAUGAACCUGCUGAAGCAGGCAGUGGAGAUGUACGUCCAGCACGAUAUUUAUGAUCUGAUCUUUAAAUAUGUGGGGACCAUAGAGGCAAGCGAGGAUGCUGCCUUUAAUAAAAUCACAAGAAGCCUUCAAGAUCUUCAGCAGAAGGACAUUGGCGUGAAACCGGAGUGCAGCUUCAACAUACCUCGUGCAAAGAGAGAGCUGGCUCAGCUGAACAAGUGCACCUCCCCACAGCAGAAGCUGAUUUGUUUGCGAAAGGUGGUGCGGCUCAUAACCCAGUCUCCCAGCCAGAGAGUUAACUUGGAGACCAUGUGUGCUGAUGAUCUGCUAUCGGUCCUGUUGUAUUUGCUUGUGAAAACAGAGAUCCCUAAUUGGAUGGCAAAUUUGAGUUAUAUCAAAAACUUCAGAUUUAGCAGCUCAGCAAAAGAUGAAUUGGGAUACUGCCUGACCUCAAUUGAGGCUGCGAUCGAAUAUAUUCGGCAAGGAAGCCUCUCCGUUAAGCCGCCCGAGUCUGAGGGCUUUGGUGACCGUCUGUUCCUGAAGCAGAGAAUGAGCCUGCUGUCUCAGAUGACUUCAACUCCCAUUGAUUGUCUGUUUAAGCACAUUGCAGCGGGUAACCAGAAAGAAGUGGAAAGACUUCUGAGCCAAGAUGACCAAGACAAAGAUGCCAUCCAAAGGAUGUGUCACCCUCUGUGCUUCUGUGACGACUGUGAGAAACUUGUCUCUGGGAGGCUGAACGAUCCCUCCAUUGUCACUCCAUUUUCCAGAGAUGACAGGGGUCACACACCGCUCCAUGUGGCCGCCCUCUGUGGGCAGGCAUCCCUCAUUGACCUCCUGGUCUCCAGAGGCGCGGUGGUAAACGCCACGGACUAUCACGGGUCUGCCCCACUGCAUCUCGCCUGCCAGAAGGGCUAUCAGAGCGUCACGCUGCUGCUCCUGCAUUACAAAGCCAGCCCCGAGGUGCAGGACAACAACGGUAACACGCCGCUCCACCUGGCCUGCACCUACGGUCACGAAGACUGUGUGAAGGCUCUGGUCUACUAUGACCUGCAGUCGUGCAGACUAGAUAUUGGUAACGAGAAAGGAGACACCCCACUACACAUAGCUGCGCGUUGGGGCUACCAAGGCAUCAUAGAGACAUUGCUACAAAAUGGAGCAUCCACGGAGAUCCAGAAUAGACUGAAAGAAACACCCCUCAAGUGUGCACUAAACUCAAAGAUUCUGUCAAUAAUGGAAGCCCAUCAUCUGCCGUUGGAAAGGAGGAGGAGGUCUUCAGAGGUCCCGGUGCAGCCCCCUCAGCGCCCCGUGGACUCCAUCAGUCAGGCGUCCUCCACCUCCAGCUUCUCCUCCGUGUUGGCGAGCUCCAGACAGGAGGAGCCCAAGAAGGACUACAGAGAGGUAGAAAAACUUUUAAGAGCGGUUGCUGAUGGAGAUCUAGAAAUGGUGCGUUACCUUCUGGAAUGGACGGAGGAGGACCUGGAUGAAUUGGAAGAUGCUGUCAGUGUAGCUGAUGUUGAAUUUUGUCACCCUCUGUGCCAGUGCCCGAAAUGUGCUCCAGCUCAAAAGAAGCUGGCCAAGAUUCCUGCCAGUGGACUUGGUGUGAAUGUGACCAACCAGGACGGCUCCUCCCCACUGCAUGUUGCUGCUCUACACGGGCGGGUGGACCUCAUCCCCCUCCUGUUGAAACAUGGUGCCGACGCGGGUGCCCGAAACGUAGACCAAGCUGUCCCGCUCCACCUGGCCUGCCAGAAGGGCCACUUCCAGGUGGUGAGGUAUCUUUUGGAUUCUAAUGCAAAACCCAAUAAAAAGGAUGUAAGUGGAAACACACCCCUCAUUUAUGCCUGUUCCAACGGCCACCACGAAGUCGCGGCCCUGCUGUUACAGCACGGGGCCUCCAUUAACAUCUCCAACAAUAAGGGCAACACAGCACUGCACGAGGCAGUGAUAGAGAAGCACGUGUUCGUGGUGGAGCUGCUUCUGCUUCAUGGGGCCUCGGUUCAGGUCUUGAACAAGAGGCAGUGCACCGCCAUAGACUGUGCUGAGCAGAAUUCAAAAAUAAUGGAAUUACUUCAGGUAGUACCGAGCUGUGUGGCCUCAGUGGACGAUGUUGGUGAAACAGACAAGGAGUAUGUUACUGUGAAGAUCAGGAAAAAAUGGAACUCAAAAAUAUAUGAUCUACCAGAUGAACCUUUUACAAGACAGUUUUACUUUGUCCACUCAGGUGGCCAGUUUAAGGGAAGGACUUCAAGGGAAAUUAUGGCAAGAGAUAGGAGUCUCCCUAAUUUUACUGAAGACUCUUUGCACGAGCCAGGGAGGCAAAGAGUCACAGGGAAACAGACCCACCUGCCAGACCAGAGCAGACCUGAGAGUGCUGACAGAGGGAAGGGCAAUCAGCCCGAGGGGCCUGCACCGAAACCAAGCAUUCCUGGGAACAGGCGGAUGCUGCGCAGACACACAGUCGAGGACACAGUCGUAUCCAAGAGCGCAGGGACUGCUGGCAACCCAGCCACUUCCCAAGAGACUAAUGUCACAUCCCAGUCUUAGCAGUGAUAAGCAGUUGUUACGUCGGCUGCCAAGAAGUGAGUCCUCGGCAAGGAGGUGCCAAGCAGAAACACAGCUGAGAACUGAGAUGUACUUUCUGUUGGAUUUGCGAGAAAAGCAAAAGUUCCUGAAAGCUGUUCUGUGGCUGAGGGAAAGAAUGCGACCAAGAAAACGAUCACCGUGUCUUUCCUCUCUCUCCACAGCUCGUGCGGCACUGGAAAAGGAACGCACACCAAUUCCAGCAGUGUCUAGAUCCUUAAGGCCAGGCGCAUGUUCCUUCUGAAGUAGCAGGAGUUCCCUGGCUACUGUGCCAGGUUUCAGGACUAGAUUCUGACCUCCUCCUAAUGAAGGGUGCUAACCUCUGUGAUGUGAACAAAUUAGCACACCACAGGCUGAAAGAAUUCCUCCGUCUGGGAUCAGCUGAAGAGAAGCAAUUUAGGUUUCAUGGUACCACGGAGGCCAGGCAGAAGCGACACAUGGGAACAAGGAAAAGAGGGCUGGAAAAUGUUCCUUUGCAAAGCAACACUUGAAUCCAAAGAUGCCUACAUGCUGUUGUGAUGUUCAUUUUAGUGAAAAGGACAUUUAGGACCUAUUCUACACUAUGUAUGUGGGAAAAGUUGGGUAUAAUUUUUCUUCCAACAAAGUAAGUACAGAUAUUUGAUCACUGCACAUACGCACCUGUAUCCGUGUCUCUUGAGACACAUCCCCUUCCGUUAAAGACCUCCCUUAGAUGUCACACCUGACGGAUAGUUACUGAACGAGAGAGAUUUGGCACAUCUUUUCUUAGUCUUUUGAUUCAGAUUCAAAACUUACAGCACAAACCAGGUGAGAGUUACUUUCAGUUAGCAUUUAUUGCCAUUUAUUCCUUUUUAUAAAUUUCUAGAGAUUAUACUCUUAUUUUUUUAUGUUACUAAUUGGUCUACAGCCGCAAACAUGGGUUUGUCCUGAGUACAUUUUCAAAUAACUUUGUAAUACGGAAGUGGCUUUGUGCAUGUUCUUGGAAAUACUUGUGUAUGUAUAGAAGGGAGGGACUGAUUAUUUUUCUACAAAGUAAUUUAUGAUUUCUAAUUUUCUAAUGUGCCUUGGAUAUGUGCCAAAUGAUGGGAAAGAAACAGUAAACUUUAUGAUUCUUGA